AUGUCUAAAAUAAAAUCAACUUUAAAAAGUAAAAUUUCCAAUUGGAUUGCUCUUUACAAUGAACAUAAAGAAGUAUUUGCAUCAGAUGAAAACGUUAUAUAUUGUCCCAUAUGUAAUAAAUUUGUAUCUACUGAAAAAAAAUAUCUAUUAGAUCAUCAUGCCGAAAGAAGUAAGUUUUUUAUUUUAUGCUCAUACUACUCGUAAUAUACUACAUAUUAAUUAAAAAAUACAUGUAUAUUCUUUUUUAAUAUAACACAUAAAUUCAUUACAAAGGAAUAAAGACAAAAAAAACAGCUUUUGAUUACUUCUCAAAAUUCGAAUAGAAAAAUGUUUUUUUUUUUUCGAAGAUUUAUUUAAUGUAUUUGUUGCUACAAAUAUUCCUUUGCAUAAGCUGGGCUAUCGUGUGUUAAAAUCAUUUUUAGAAAAACAUACUGGAAAAUCAAUUCCGGACGAAAGCACUUUAAGAAAAAAUUACAUACCAAAUAUUUAUAAAUGCGUUAUGGAUCAAAUAAUUAGUGAUAUUGAAAACAAUUACGUUUACAUAAUUGUUGACGAAACAACCGAUCCAAGAGGUUUGUAUAAAUAUUUUUUUUUAAUUUCUCAUAUAAUAAAAUAUACUAUUUUCGUUUAGGUUGGACUAUUGCAAAUUUAUUAAUUGGUAAAUUAGAUGGGAGGCCUAGAAAAUAAUAUUUAGUUGCAUGUAAACAACUUGAAUCCACCAAUUAUGAAACUAUUUGUCAGCAGUGUAUUAAUUUCUCGUUAGAAAUAUUUCCUGGUAUUGAACAAAAAGCAUUACUUUUUAUAAGUGAUGCUGGUACUUACAUGAUAAAAGCAGAAAAAUUAAUUCAUAUUACACGUAUAGCGCACACAGUUAAUAGAGUUCUAGAGAAAAUUCGACAAUUGUAUGCCGACAUUUACAAAGUGAUUAACAAUGGUAUUAUAUUAAGUACUCAUUUAAAAUUUAAAUACAUAUGUAACUUAUAUCGUUUAUUUCAAGAAAAAAAACUUUCCUAAAAACACCAUCAAGAGUAAAUAAAUACAAAAAAGAAAUGCCGGGUAUACCCUUACUACCCGAACCUAUUAUUGCAAGAUAAGGGAACAUGGUUAAAUGCUGCACUUUUCUAUACAAAUAAUUUUGAAGAGUUUAAAAACGUGAUUGAAAGUUUAACAGAUAAUGCUACAAGUGUCAAAAAAAGUUGAAACAGCUUGUACAAACUAAUGCAGUCAAAUGUGGUUUAGCAUUUAUAAAAUUACACUUAUCCGAGUUAUCCAUGAAUCUUAAAAAUUUGGAAGAAUCUAAUAGUGAACUACUGAAAAGCAUAGAUAUUUUUAGAAAAAUUGAAAUAUUUUAACAAAUAUUCCCGGUCCAAAUGGGGAAAAAAUUAAAGAAAAAUAUAUGUGUGUAAUUGAAAAAAUGAAGGUCAUAACAUUUUAAAGUCUUACUAUGAAGUCAUGUCAGGUAAAUUAAAUGUUAAUUUAAAUAUAAUGCCUACUUUAUUAAAUUUUUUUAAAUAUGCACCAAUAACUAGUGUAGACGUAGAACGUAGUUUUUCUUAGUAUAAACAUAUUUUAUGAAUACUUAAUUUUAAAGGAAAUCAUUUAGAAAUGUAUCUAAUUAUCAAUUUUAAUUUUAAAAAACAUUUAUCAUACAUUUUAAGUAACAUUUAUCUAAUUUGUUUUAUAUACAUUUUGCAUUUUUAUAGUGAAAUUUAUUAUGCAAUUUUUACGUAAUUUUUAUUUUAAAUAAUUUUAAUAUGCAAUUUUUGUGUGUUUUAAUUGCAAUUAAAUCCGGUCUUUCCUCAUAAUCGUCCAACACAUGAAGUUGAAUUUACUCAACGUGAAUUUCGAAAUACUUUAAAGGAAAAUUAAUUUUCUAUUUUUUUAUACUAUAGUUUGUUUUACAGAGGCUGUAGUUCACUCAGCUUCUCCUGGAAACGUAACUGAUUUCCUCCAGUUUUUGUUGAUGGAAAAGGUAUUCUUACUAUCUAAUUUCAAACAAUGGACAAGAGGCAAAUAUGAGGUAGAUACUAUAUUAUAA